UGAGACAAAGACCCUCCCAGCCCUCAAACGUCAAGUGAAAAUAUAGGUUAGGAGCAGUCGCAUAUGUCAGUUUGUCAAAAUAAAAAUCUCCAGAUUUCCAUCGAUCUCUUCCAGAGGUAAAUUCUUAAAAAGAAGAAAGUUAUAAUUAGGCAAAGUCAGUGUAAUGUCUUCUCGUGUCUUGCGUAAAUUACAAGGAGAUAAAGACAUAGUGGAUGAUAUCUCAGAUACAGAGACAGACAUACCUGUCAGUGGAGGUGCUCGAAGGAAACAACUUAAUAUAAACCGCUAUGACUUGUUAAACCAGCAGUCGCAUUCUGAGAGCGAGGUGAAAGAAGAUGACAACGAAACUGAGGCUGCUAAAUCGUGUGAAGGGGACCCGAAUCAUGAAGCUGUCAAACGUAAAAAGAAGAAGAAGAAGAAAAAGUCAGGGAAGCACGUAAACACGCAGAGAAGUAGUGAAGACAACGCUGACAUUGAUGAGGUCGAGAGGUCUGUACGUGAAGUGAACAGACUUCUAGGUGAAAAUCAUGUGCCCAGAGUUACGCCAACACCACCAGUGAGCACCAAGCAUGACAAAAGUGUACACAACAAGAAUAUUCUAUCAGUGCAACAUAAACACCUAAAUCCAAAUAAUGAAUUGAAGAGGAUAUUUGGUUCGAAAAUUAUUCAAGCAGAACACAAAAGAAAAAAUCGAGGUAGGGGACAUGUUAAGACCACUUGGCUAGUAAGUAGUAAGGACACAUGGCCCCAGGUAGGCAAGUCAGGUCUUUCUAUGAAUCUUCUUGAGAAUAAACAAGGAAUUCAGUAUUUCACUUAUGAACAUAGUCAGAGUUACCGGCAAAUACAGAAUAGAUUUCUUGAAAGUGUGGAAAGUCUUAAUCCUGAUAACAUUGUCGCCAUAAUUAAUGAUCACCCUUAUCACAUUGACGCUUUAAUACAAUUGUCAGAUCUUUGUAAGUUGAGUGAAGAUCUAGCUAUGGCAGCUGAAUUCAUUGAGCGAGCACUAUACUGUUUGGAAUGUGCUUUUCAUCCACUUUUUAACGUUGCACAAGGGAACUGUAGACUGGAUUAUAGAAGACAAGAGAAUAGGGCUUUACACAUAACUUUAUUCAAGCACCUCAUGUUCGUCGGUGGACGCGCAUGUUGCCGAACCUCUUUAGAAUUUUGCAAACUUCUCCUGUCUCUGGAUCCAGACAAUGAUCCUCUGGCAAUCAAAUUAGCCAUCGAUUUCUAUGCCUUACGAGCCAGAGAAUACACCUGGCUAAUAGAUUUUGCAGAAGAGUGGGAAGCUUCUAAAAACUUAUCACAAUUACCAAAUUUCGCUUUCUCCACUGCUGUUGCUCAUUUUUACACUUCGAAUGGUGAUACAACAAAAGCUGAUAGUAUUCUUCAAAACGCUUUAUUGAUGUUUCCUGGUGUGCUAAUGCCUUUAUUAGAGAAGUGCUCAGUGCAGAUAGAUAACAGGGUAACGGCACACAAAUUCUUCUCCACAGCUAAUGAACACAAACAACCUACAGCUUUAACACAAUUAAUUCAAUUAUAUGUAAGUAGAUGUUAUCAUGUGUGGAAAGACAGUGAUCUGCUGCAUUGGCUGGAAAAGAACGUUCAUGUAGUGUUGGAUCGGGUUGAUAAAAGCGAUCCGUUUGUCAAAGACUAUGAAACAAAAAGAGCGAAACGUUACCAAGGGCCUCUUCCUAGAAGUAUAGCUAGACAUAUUUUGCUAUCUGAUAUUAAGGAUUUAACACCAAUCACUGACGAUUUCAGCGGGCCUGUGCUAGGUUUUGAUCCGCUGCCACCGAAAGACUCCAUUAACAUUUACACCAAGCCGAAACGACCAACAAUUUCUAAUAACAGUUCCAUUCCUCUAGGCAUUUUCUUUAGGUCGAUUUUGCCGAAUUUUAAUCCUAAUCAAAUUCCACAAAAUUUACUAGAACCUGCUAGGGAAGAAGAUGGAGCCGUUGCUUUACCAGUGUAUGAAAAUAACGCCAAUAACGAAGGUGGUGAUUUACGACGAAGUGUUGCAUCCUUAGUUGGAGCAAUGCGAGAUUUAUUAAAUAAUAUUAGACCUCCAGAGAUGGAAGUACCAAACGACGCUGACGUGGAUGAAGAUUAUGAUGACCUCACUUAAGUAGUUUUAGAUCUUAUCCUAGCAAUCAACACACUAAACUUAAUUUUAUUUCUUUAUUGUUGGUAUAUUCUAAAAAUGUUUAUUAUAAUAAUAUAAUGUAACCAAAUAAAGUAAAUAAUGUCAUAA